CUGUGGCCGUGAGGGGCCGCCCGGGCCCGCCCGCCCGGCCAAUGGGAGCGGCGGUUGUUAGCGGGCCGGGAGGUGGCGGCGUUGCCACAGCAGCCGCGGGACCGCAGCCGGUGGUCGGGGCGCGCCAUGGAGGGGCUGGAAGGUGAGCUUACAGUGCAAACUGGAGAUCUGUUGCCAUGUAGGAUUUGUGGAAGGACUUUCUUUCCAGCAGCACUGAAAAAACAUGGGCCCAUUUGCCAAAAAACUUCUGCCAAGAAAAGGAAGACAUUUGAUUCCAGCCGACAGAGAGCAGAAGGAACUGAUAUCCCCACAGUAAAACCUCUUAAGCCACGGCCAGAACCACCCAAAAAACCUUCCAACUGGAGACGGAAGCAUGAGGAAUUUAUAGCAACUAUACGAGCAGCCAAAGGACUUAAUCUUAAAGAUGGUGGAAAACUCCCUCCACCGCCUCCGCCAUCAUAUGACCCUGAUUACAUUCAGUGUCCAUAUUGUCAGAGGAGAUUUAAUGAAAAUGCAGCUGACAGACACAUCAAUUUCUGUAAGGAACAAGCAGCACGUAUUACUAAUAAGGGGAAAUUGGCAGCUGAUACCAAAGGGAAACUUCCUGCUCGAACACAGUACAAACCUGCUGCAGUUAAGAAGAUGCCUUCUGGAGGAUCAGCACCAGCAGCAGCAUCAUCACGCUUGCCACAGCCAAGCAGCGUUAGCAAAACUGUUGUAGGUGCCUCUUCAAGUAAAGCACUAUCUUCACCUGGAUCCAGUGGGAGCAGAAUUCAGACAUUAUCACCAGCUCAUAAAAACUCAUUAGGAACCGUGAGCCCACAAGCAGGUAGUAAGAUGGACAAGUUAGGCCCACCACUGCGAACUGGAAGAGAUGUGCAAAGGUUUUAUGACACUGAUACAAAAACAGACAGUACCAUCAAAAGACCAAAUGAAUUGGUGCCUAUAAAGAAAGGCACAGCAAAAACACGGACAUCGACCGUUCCUAGUGUGGCAAGAACCAUGAGCACGGGUGCUCUAACCAACAAAAGAAAAGCUAGCAAUUCAGACAGUUAUUCAAGGUCUGAUGGUAGAAUUGGGUCUGACAGUGGAGACUACCCAUCCUCAGUCAAUGGAGGAAGUUCAAAAAGCAGCGAAGGAAAUUCACCUGUACAGUUGUCAAAGUUCUGCCAUGAAUGUGGAACAAGGUAUCCAGUGGAAUGGGCAAAGUUUUGCUGUGAGUGUGGAAUUCGAAGAAUGGUUGUCUGAACACAUUCUUAAAAGCAAAAAGAAAACAAAAAAUCAGAAGCACCUGCUAUGUACUGCUGCAUGGAAAGCUAGAGCACUCCUUCCAGCUAAACUUCAUGCUGCAAAUGUGUUGAAACAUCAUAUUGUAAUUUUCUGAGUGCAAUCUUCUGGUUACACAGUUAUUUAUAAACAAAUAUAUAUACUGUAUAUAAAAAUAGCAGGUACCUAAAAGUAUGCUAUUCAAGGAAAUACUCUUUAAUCUCUGUUGGAAAUAUUUAAAAUUACGGUAAAAAUGUGUUAAAUAACUUAGGUAGCAGAAGUGGUUCAAUGUUAUUUUUCUUGUAAAUCCUAAUAGAUAAAGGAUUAUUUAAAUCACUUCUGUAGGGUAAUACUUAUCCAUAGGGAACUAGCCGUGAAGAACUUGGGCUUCAGAAGUUUCUCUGUGGAGGCAUUUUCUUCAUAUGUGA